AUGGAGUUCACACGCAGAAGCUUCCACAGGAGCCUGAGUUCCUCCUCCCAGGUCUCUCCAGGCAGCCUGUAUAGGAAUGGGGGCAUGCAGCUCCUGGGGACUGCACCCAGCGUCUAUGGGGGAGCUGGAGGACAUGGCACCCGCAUCUCAAUCUCCAAAGGCUCAGUAAGCUAUGGCAAUGAUCUCAACAAAGGGGAACUGGUUUUUGGCAAUGAGAAGAUGGCCAUGAGGAACCUCAAUGACCGCCUGGCAAGCUACCUGGAAAAAGUGCGGUCCCUGGAGCAGUCUAACUCCCAACUGGAAGUGCAGAUUAAACAGUGGUAUGAAUCAAACGUGCCCAGCAUCAGCCGGGACUACAGUGCGUACUACAAACAAAUCGCAGACCUGCAGUCUCAGAUUAAAGAUGCUCAAAUGCAAAAUGCCCAGUGGGUCCUGAAAAUUGACAAUGCUAAGCUGGCUGCUGAGGACUUCAGACUGAAACAUGAGACGGAGAGAGCGAUGCGCCUGACAGUGGAGGCCGACAUCCACGGCCUGAGUAAGGUCUAUGAUGAUCUAACCCUAAAGAAAACAGACUUGGAGAUUCAAAUUGAAGAACUGAAUAAAGAGCUGGUUCUCCUCCAAAAAGAACAUCAGGAGGAAGUGGACAUCCUACGCAAGCAGCUGGGCAGUACUGUCAAUGUGGAGCUGAUGGCCGCUCCGGGCCUGAACCUCAGCGCCGUCAUGGACGAAAUGAGGCAGAAAUACGAAGCCUUGGCCCAGGAGAACCUUAAGAAGGCCAAAGAAGAGUUUGAGAUCCAGACGGAAACCCUGCAGCAGCAGGUCACAGUGAACACGGCAGAACUGAAAGAAUCGGAGAUUCGAGUAAAGGAGCUGAGACACACCUACCAGAACGUGGAGAUCGACCUCCAGUCCCACCUCAGUAUGAAAGAAUCUUUGGAGAAGACGCUGCAGGACACCAACGCUCGUUAUCAGAGCCAGCUGGCCGCCAUCCAGGCCCUGCUCAACUCCAUCGAGGCGCAGCUGAUGCAGAUCCGGACGGAUGCGGAGCGCCAGAACAGAGAGUACAACGAGCUCCUCGACAUGAAGAUCCGGCUGGAGCAGGAAAUUGCUACUUACCGGCGCCUUCUGGAAGGAGAAGAGAUAAUGACUACAGAACAUCAGAUAAGCAUCGCGGGGGAGAGAGAUAUAAAGAAAACCAGGAAGAUUAAGACAGUCGUGCAAGAAGUAGUGGACGGCAAGGUUGUGUCGUCCGAAGUCAAAGAAAUGGAAGAGAGUAUAUAA